AUAUCAACAGUGAUCGGACACAUCGUGUGAGCACAGCAAGCAGGUAAAAGUCAGCCAAAUGAGAAAGUAUGCUCACGGUGUCGCUUGGUGUUCCGGGGUUUCUGUCGUCGCCGUAACCAAACAUGUUUUAAAUUAACGUGGCGCUCUUGAAUGUGACCCUGUCAGCCAGCAUGGUGCCAGUGACAGCGCUCCUCAUGUCCUCAACGUGAGUCUGGAGUAAAGGCAGGACACACAGAGGCAGCAGAUGAUGGUGUAGUAGAGAGCCGCCGCUUCUGCAUUUCUGCACCGCAGACCUUCAACAACAGAUGAGCACAAUGUGGCAAUAUAGCAUUUCUGGGAAGGAGUGGAAGUCCAUGAUAGCCGCUCAAAUGAAUCAGUCAGAUAUUGAGGACAUGAACGGCUGCCUGGAUCUGCUGACUGAUGGGUGUGGACAAAGACAUCUUUUAUUCCUGUGCUCUGUGUAACUGGAGGAGAACUCAACCCUCUCCAGCCGCAGACGGGACUCGGAGACGUUCAAGAUGGAUCCAUACGACCAGAAGCACUUCACUGUCGUUGACUAUGUAAUAUUUGCCAUCCUGCUGGCCGCCUCUCUUGGCAUUGGGCUGUACUAUGCACUUUCGGGUGGACGUCAGCGCACCACGCAGGAGUUCCUGAUGGCGGAUAGGAGCAUGCACUGUCUUCCUGUGUCCCUGUCACUCAUUGCCUCAUUCCAGUCUGCUGUGGCCAUUAUAGGCGUACCAGCGGAAAUCUACACCCAUGGCACUCAGUAUUGGUUCAUAGGCUGUGCCUAUAUUCUGGGCCUCCUCAUUCCAGCCCACGUUUUCAUUCCACUGAUGUACAGACUGCGUCUCUCCAGUGCAUACCAGUAUCUUGAACUGCGCUUCAGCAAAGCAGUGCGCAUCUGUGGAACGUUGACCUUCAUCUUUCAGAUGGUUAUCUACAUGGGAGUGUGUGUCUAUACUCCUGCAUUUGCAGUCAACACAGUCACUGGAUUUGAAUUAUGGGCAGCGGUGUUGGCCACCGGUCUGGUGUGCACAUUGUAUACAGCCAUGGGCGGGCUGAAGGCUGUGAUCUGGACAGACGUCUUUCAGACUUUGGUGAUGUUUGCGGGACAGCUGGCCGUCAUCGUGGUGGGAGUACAGCAGACAGGAGGAGUGUCUGAGGUCUGGAGCAAAGUCUGGGAGGGGAACCGGAUCUCUGGCCUUGACCUGAACCCAGAUCCCACAGAGAGACACACCUUCUGGACGCUGGGGCUUGGCGGGGUUUUCCUCAUGCUCUCUCUGUACGGCGUGAACCAGGCGCAGGUCCAGAGAUAUCUCAGCGCGCGGACGGAGAGAGAGGCUGUCAGGUCUUGCUACAUGGUUUUCCCCUCUCUGCAGCUGGCUCUGGCUCUGAGCUGUGUGAUGGGACUGGUCAUGUUUGCUCGAUACUGCGGGGAGAAUCACUCCGAAAAACUGGGCACCGCCUCACGGGACGCAGUGGUGUUAUACUUUGUGAUGGAUAUGCUCCAAGGUCUGCCUGGCCUGCCUGGACUUUUUGUCGCUUGUUUGUUCAGCGCAGCUCUCAGCACCAUCUCCUCUGCUUUUAAUUCUCUGGCCACGGUGACCAUGGAGGACCUCAUCAAACCGCACUUCUCCACGAUGACAGAGGCAAAGGCCACGCUGAUCUCUAAAGCCUUAGCCAUCUUCUACGGGCUGCUCUGCCUGGCCAUGGCUUAUGUGACCCACUUAAUGGCUGAGUCAGUUUUACAGGUGGCGCUGAAAAUCUUUGGAAUGGUUGGCGGUCCUCUUCUCGGUGUGUUUUGUCUCGGGAUGUUCUUCCCGUGGGCCAACUCUACCGGUGCGCUGGCAGGUCUGGGUGCCGGCCUGGCCAUGGCUUUCUGGGUCGGCAUCGGGAGCAUUUUAACUCGGAGCUCCGGCGCCAAGCCCCCGCCUCCCAGCUGCACGGCCACACUUCUGUCAGGGAACACGACCACCAUCAUCCAGACUGCGCUCAGCAACGCCACCCUGAGGCCCACCGGACUGAAGAGGUUUUAUUCGCUGUCCUACAUGUGGUACAGCGGCCUCGGCUGCUUCACGGUGGUGUUAACAGGCCUGAUAAUCAGUUUUCUCACAGGCCCAAUGAAAGAAGAGGAAGUGACGCCAGGCACUAUCUACCCUCUGUUAGGGAAUCUGCUGUUUUUCCUACCCGAACACCUUAAGCAGAAGCUGUGCUGUGUGACUCCGCUGGGGCAGAGACCAUCAACCCAACACAGAACACCUUCCCGUCACAAGCAAAGCAAUGGAUUGGCUGUGCCUCCAGAGGAAGGAACAUCACAGGACGAGACGGACAGUUUUCUUGCGAACUCACACACAGCUUUUGUAGAGCAUGAAACAGCUGUGUGAUGUCAUAUUAUGUUAUAUUAUAUCCAAUUAUAUUAUAUUAUUUCAGGUCUGUCAAGGGUGAAGAAGUGGGAAAACAUACUUAACUCUAAGCACUUGGACUGAAAAAGAUGACCGGAUCGGAUGUAUUUGUGUUUUGUGUGUGUGUUUUCUGUUGUCUUGCCUUUUGUAUGAUGAUAAUACACAUUUGCACUCAAACAUGCUGCAACAAGACCAAAGCCAAACAGCUGAUGUUUUCCUCUGAGGUCAAAGAUCAAUCAGGUCGUAUUCGUCUCCACGACGGAGAGAUUGAGUCUAGCGCCACCUUCAGAGAAGACGCUGCUGAGCCUUGUCAUCAGUGAUGAGCGGCACAACAUGUGUGUCUAUAUGAAUGUUACAGCAGGAUAUCGCUGUAUGCUGUAUCUGUGUGUAAAUAAUGUAUGAUGCGCUUGUUUAAAGUGUUUUUAUGGGCUGCUCAGUCUACAUGAGAGGGACUGAGAGCGUGUUAUACUUGACAGUUUUCUGAACGUCCAGGUGGACUGCAGCUGUGUGCCCAGCUCCGUUACCUGCUCCAGCCUCCUGAGCCCAAGCGUCUCUGUGGAGUGUCAGCGCAGCGGCAUGGAGCAUUUUACUCUAUUUUUGAAGCUGGAACAAUAUCUUUUUGUUGUAAAUCAACACUGCAAAAGCAGAACACUAAGCGCUGCAUAUUUUUUCCAAAUAAAACAAAUAUGAGAAAAUAACUGGAUAGAUAUUUGUGGUGGGAGGAAAAUUUAUUCUUCCUUAAUCAAUACAAUAAAAUAAAUCAUAAUGUUGAAUCGCCACACUUAAGUGCUUAGAUACUUAAAUACUUGAUGUGCAUUGUUUUUUUAUAGACAGUCUAGCUGUGCAUGAUUCAGUUUUCCCAUGGUCUAGUGUUAAAAAAGCAAGCAAAGAUCUCAUUAAAUCAUAAUAUCAAAAUGCAGUGCAUAAGAGUCGCGAUGCAUAUCGAAUCGGCACCAAAGUUUCACGAUAAUAUCGAAACAGGUGAUGGCAAAUCAUCCCAGCCUAAUCGAUACAUGAGUAGCAGGACAAUAGAACAAUAAAAUAUUCAUUUUACUGUUACAGUGUGUUCAAAAGCUGAAUCAAGGAUGGAGGUGCGUCAGUGUAGUCUCUGCCAGAGACAGUGCCUCAGUCUGUAGAGGAGUGUGUCAGUGCAUUUUAUGUUCAUGUCCAGUGUGGUUGUUAUACAGAAAUGCAAUUUUCUAACAGGGAUUAAAGACUGAUUUUGUAGUAA